AUGUCUUCAACACCCACCUUUCGAGGCACCACUAGCCAUAGAACUGUCGGACGCGGCAGGUUGCCUGAUUUUGAAGGAGGUAGCUCGGCCUCUCACAUUCCACGCCCUCGACCCGACUCGUCGUCUACGAUCACAUCUCACAACCCUCAUACGCCAGGUAGCGACAUCGGCAGUUCCACAAUGAGUGCGGCAAGCAGUCGGCAGAGGCAAAACCAGUCGAAACGCGAUGAGGCUAUUCGACGGAAGCUGGAGGCAGACCUCAACAAGAAGAGGAGUGUUCCAGCAAGAGCGAAUCGCGCCCGCAAAGCUCCUCCCGGUACUGUCCUUGCUCUCAAACCGAGCUCGGCUCUCCAGAUCAAGCCCUCUACUACGAUCGCCGAAGCCGCGCAGUUGAUGGCUGCGAAGAGAGAAGACUGUGUUUUGGUGACGGACGACGACGAUCGAAUCGCUGGUAUCUUCACCGCCAAGGAUCUUGCGUUCCGGGUGGUAGGAGCUGGACUUAAGGCUCGAGAAAUUACGGUCUCCGAGAUUAUGACGAAGAACCCCCUGUGUGCGAGGACGGAUACCAGCGCUACCGAUGCCCUCGAUCUGAUGGUUCGGAAAGGUUUCCGGCAUCUGCCUGUAAUGGACGAAAACCAGGAUAUCUCGGGUGUUCUAGAUAUCACCAAGUGCUUCUACGAUGCUAUGGAAAAGUUGGAGCGCGCCUACAGCUCGUCCCGCAAGCUAUAUGAUGCGUUGGAGGGUGUUCAGUCAGAACUCGGCUCUAGCCAGCCCCAGCAAAUCAUUCAAUAUGUGGAAGCCCUUCGGUCAAAGAUGUCUGGCCCUACCCUCGAAACCGUACUGGACGGUAUGCCUCCCACCACGGUUUCCGUCCGGACUACGGUAAAAGAGGCUGCCUCAUUGAUGAAGGAGCACCAUACGACUGCUCUGCUCGUGCAAGACCAAGGAUCUAUCACAGGUAUAUUUACUAGCAAAGAUAUCGUUCUUCGUGUCAUUGCGCCGGGCCUUGAUCCUGCAACUUGCAGCGUCGUUCGAGUGAUGACCCCUCACCCCGACUUUGCUCCCAGUGAUAUGAGUAUCCAAGCUGCGCUCCGCAAGAUGCAUGAUGGGCAUUACUUGAACUUGCCUGUGAUGAACGAGGGAGGCGAGAUUGUGGGCAUGGUGGAUGUGCUCAAACUUACCUACGCUACAUUAGAGCAGAUCAACUCAAUGUCAACUCAAGAUGACGAGGGUCCAGCUUGGAACAAGUUCUGGUUGUCAAUGGACCACGAAUCCGAUUCCAUGGUUUCUGGAAGCCAAAGCCAACAGCCACAUACCCCGCAUCGGUCAAUGAUCAAUCCCGAGUCACCGAAAGCUAGCUUCGACGCACGGGACAGCGUGCUUCCAAACGAAUCAGCGUCCCACCAUGGCGGUGACGAGCACUCCGAGUUCCACCACGGAGAACUAGCCCCGUUCCCCUUCAAGUUCAAGGCACCGAGCGGCCGGGUGCAUAGAGUCAACAUACUCCCCGCUGCUGGCAUCGCCGAACUGGUGGCUCAGGUAACUGCCAAGCUUGGCCCAGAGGUUGAAGCCGUUGGCGGCGCGGCCAGCUGUGAAGAUGGCAUACUCAGCAACACUGGCUACGCUUUAAGCUACGUGGACAAUGAAGGAGAUACUGUUUCCAUCACCACUGAUCAGGAUCUUGUUGAUGCUGUCUUCAUUGCGCGCCACGCUCGUCACGACAAGGUCGACCUCUUUGUCCAUGACCCAGCUCAACCCCCAAUUAUUCCUGCUCCUGUUGAGCCUGCCCCUGUCAAGCCACUCGAGGUCACGACUCCUCCUGCUUCAGACGAUCAGGUGCGGGAUGAAACGCCUGCUCCCAAGUCCCGAGCGAGCCAGGCUUAUCCCGCUCAUCCCCCUGAAGAGCAACUCAUUGCAGGCGUUCCCAAUGAUUUGCUGCUCCCUGGAGCGAUUGUUACUUUGGCCGCCGUCAUUGCAGGAGUGUUUAUCUUGAGCCGCUCCACUUCUCGAUAA